AUGACCCGGACAAUAAGAAUCGUAAUCAUCACCCCCGUCGCCAUCGACCUCUCCUUCUGGAAACCCCAAAUCGACCGCCUCUGCCGCGCCGGCGUAGAAGUCACCGAAACCUCGCUGCUCGCCGGCCCCGCCUCGAUCGAGUCCCGCGUCGACGAGGCCAUGGCCGUCCCCGGCAUGCUCGCUGCCGCACUCCAGGCCGAGAGGGACGGCGCGCACGCGCUCGUCAUCAGCUGCAUGAGCGACCCGGGCCUGGACGCGCUCCGCGAAGCCGUCACCAUCCCCGUCGUCAGCGUCGCGCAGGUCUCCAUGGCGACGGCCGCGAGCCUAGCACACAAUUUCGGCAUCGUGACGGUCCUGGACCGCGCCGCGCCGAUUCUGCGCGCCAACGCGGCGCACUGUGGCUAUGAGCGGCGGUAUGUUGGGUGUCGCUCGGUGGAGAUCCCCGUGCUGGAAAUCCACAGCCGUGCGCGCGAGGUGCAAGAGGGUCUGAACCGGCUUGCACUGGAGCUGGUGGAGCGGGAGGGCGCUGGGGCGGUGAUCCUGGGGUGUGGAGGGCUGAUGGGCUGCGCGGGGGAAAUUCGCGAGUUUUUGGCAAAGCGAGGCAUCGCGGUGCCUGUCAUUGACCCGUUGCCGACCACGGUCUCCUUUGCGGUUACCCUGGUCGAGCAGGGACUGAGCCACAGUAGGGUCAGCUAUCCGCAAGCACAAGUCAAACCGUACAAAGGAUAUGAGUUUGUAGACCAGAUGGACAAGCUGCUCCUUUGA